CGUUGGGAGCUUACUCUGACUCCAUUACUGCCUUCUUCAUCUUCAUCUUCUUCUUCUUCUUCGUCAUUUUCGUUCUCAUUUCUGAACAUUUGUGUCCACAUUGAAUUGAAGUUGAAGGAAUGGCAAUGGCGGAAUCUGGAGGAUGGAUUCGGUUGUUUCUUCUCGUGGUGUUCAUGUUGUUCGUCGAAACAAUUGCCAGAGUUCCCAAAGAGAUUCCUGAAAUUGAGAAUCGAGCAACCGAGAUAUUGCGGAGCUCAAGCAAUGCAUCAAUGGCAGAGAGGUUGGAGGACGUCGAGGCUCUAGGUAAUAAGCAUGCCGUGGACAACCCUGAAGAGGUCGCUGCUGCGGUUGACAUGAGCAUACGCAAUGCCACUGCAAGGAGGGAGCUUGGAUUCUUCUCGUGUGGAACCGGCAAUCCUAUUGAUGAUUGCUGGCGUUGCGACCCCAAUUGGCAACAGAACCGCAAACGUCUUGCAGAUUGUGGCAUUGGCUUUGGCCGAAAUGCCAUCGGUGGUCGCGACGGUCGAUACUACGUCGUCACUGAUUCCGGCAACGACGACCCUGUCAGUCCAAGGCCUGGCACUUUACGACAUGCCGUCAUCCAAGAUGAACCUCUCUGGAUUGUGUUCAAAAGAGACAUGGUGAUACAGCUGAAACAGGAACUGAUCAUGAACAGUUUCAAGACAAUUGAUGCUCGUGGAACCAAUGUUCACAUUGCUAAUGGUGCUUGCAUCACCAUCCAGUUUGUGACUAAUGUUAUUGUCCAUGGUCUAAAUAUCCAUGACUGCAAGCCCACUGGAAACGCCAUGGUAAGGAGCUCACCCAAUCACGUUGGGUGGAGAACAAUGGCUGAUGGAGAUGCCAUUUCCAUUUUUGGGUCAAGUCAUAUUUGGAUCGAUCAUAAUUCACUCUCUAACUGUGCUGAUGGCCUUGUUGAUGCUGUCAUGGGAUCCACUGCAAUUACAAUCACCAACAAUUACUUCACUCACCACAAUGAGGUAAUGUUAUUGGGACAUAGUGAUUCAUACGUUAGGGAUAAACAAAUGCAAGUGACCAUUGCUUACAAUCACUUUGGAGAAGGACUCAUCCAAAGAAUGCCAAGGUGUAGACAUGGAUACUUCCAUGUGGUGAACAAUGANCAUUCUGCUUUUGCCUUUUGGUCUUAUCUCGGAAAAGAACAGAAAACAUCUAAUGUGGAUAUAUUUAUUUCUAGGAUCUUGUUAUCCAGUCCAUGUGGACUUGUAAAAUGA